CUGCAAUCCAACCAAAGCACGUGUUUCACCAGCGGCACAUCCUCAGUGGGUACCGCGCACAACAAAAUGCGCCCGGUACCUCGCAAAUGUUUUUCUGUCACUUACGUGAGAGUGUGUGCGUGACACCUUCGAUUCGAGAGCGUGUGUUUGGAACGAGGCGCAGAGGAGGAAAAACAAAAACCGAAAAUCGCCGCGGGUUGACGGAAAGAACGCGUCUCGCUUGCGUGAAAAAUAGUUUUGAUUGCAAUUUUCCGGCGGAUAAAGAACGUCGAAUGGCGUGAAAAUUGUGCAUUUGUGGUGUUAAAGGUGCAUAGUUUGUGAAAAUUGUGUUGGUUUUCGGUGGGAGGUGUUGGUUGUAUGGAAAAAGAUUGAUUGAGCUAGGCGAUUGACAGCAGCAGCAUCGUCCAUCCGCCGUCCGCGGAGUUUGUUGAUAGUCGCGCCGUCGACAACGAGUGAGUGGGUGGGAGCGCAAAGUGCAUCAGAUCGUCUUCGGCUGUGGCGGGGUGGAGAAGUCUGGUCUACCAAGAAAGAGGAUUAAUUGCAAGUGGUGGGAAAACAAUAAUCGACAACAAACGGGGAUUGAUUGUGUGGAGCAGAAAAAUGAGAUUGAGCGCCAACAUUGAACAGUAGGUGCGAGCGAUUCCCUUGAUUGGGAGGAUGCUUCCGGAAGCUUCUGACAGAUUUUGGCUAGGAAAGUGAAAAUGGAUCGUGAAAAGCGAGAGUGAGCUGUUCCGGUGCAGGAAAGUACGUCGGAUUAGAAAGGAAAAAGUAACCAGCUGCUGUGAAAACACACGAAGUAGGGAAAUGGCCGGAUACAAGUGCGUGAACUUUGGAGACUUGUGUCGUCUUUGCGCCAGCAGCAGUGGUGGCCGGGUCGGGAUAUUUACGGAUGAAGGAAAACGGAAGAACAUCCACGUCAAAAUCACCGACUGCCUCAAGAUUAAGAUUUACGAGAAAGAUCGUCUGCCGAAGAGCGUUUGUGCAAAAUGUCUGAAGCAACUAGAAGCCCACGUCGAAUUCCGGGAAUCGGUAGUGAAAGCGCAGAGUAUGCUGGAAAGUUGUCUCAACUCGACCAAGCUGCGGAACGGUGGAAUGGUCUAUAUCAAGGACGAUUCCACGAAAGACGAUCUACCCACGACGAGUCCUCAGGCGAGCAUUUCAUCGAGCCCGUCCACGGCAACCAUCACUCUACCGACCAUCCAAACCCAACCGCCGGCAGCACAAACGACAAGCCCCCAAGUGAAACUAUUGCCAACAAUCCCGGCAAGCAGUUCAACUUUGCAACAGCAGCAGCCAACAGCCUCCAUCACAACGGCGCCUGCUAUGACUCCCAUAAUCAUCAACAGCCUCCCGAAAGGAUUCGGUCAGGGGACGACCGGUGGAACGGCUACCAUCAUGGCGCCGAAUGCGGAUUUCCUAACCAGUAUUAUGCAGGCAGUUGGCAUUCAAACGGGAGAAACUUCGGUGGCUGCGGCGGCCGUUGCUGCGGCAGCUUCCACUCAAGACACUUCCGGACAGAACCAGCAGCAGCAGCAACCUCUAGCGCAGUACACCAUAACGGUAGAUGGGCAGACGAUCAAGGCCAAUCAGAUCCAUUACAAAAUUCAGGAUGGAACGACGGGCGGUCAGGGGUCUGUGCUGGCUAUCGAUGGGGAGCAGCAGCAGCAGCAGGGCAGUUCGUACCAGGCCCAGAUGGAUGAGUUUCUCAAACUGAAGACUCCGGUAAAGUCUGCGAGCAGAAAGGAGCUAGAAAAGACGUCGGAACCAGUGUCGGCAAAGAAGCCAAAGAUUAGCGUUCUCAUAAAACCGCCCCAAACACCGCAGACCACACUAGUGACAUCAACACCUCCCAAGCAAACUAUUCUGGCCGCAACGACACCGAUGGCCACCGCCAUAUCCAGCAGCCCCAUAACCCUUACGCCCGUGUCGUCCACCACCAGUAUAGCUAGCUUCUCGGCCGCUCCAACCGGUACGAUAUUCACGAGCACUCCCCUCGCGGCCAAUUCAGCAACCGUGAAAUCUACAGCUGCCAUACCCGUGCUGGACGCGGCUAAAAUGAUGCAAGGCAACAAGUGCAUUGUUCCCAUAAUGCUGAAGGCCGAGGGCGGAGGAGAGCAAAUCGCGUUGGCUCCGAUUGCGAAUGUUGGGGAGAUGAACAAAAGCAUGGUUUCGAAUGUUCAGUAUGUACAGAUGAAGCUACAACCCGGACCGGAUGGAAUGUUCCGAUUGGCCCCGGCUCAGAUGCCACCGGCUCUUACGUUGACUCCCCAAGGUCUGCAGCAGUUUGGUAUCAGUCCGAUACAGACAGUCCAAACACAACCAGCCCAGCAACAGAUUCAAAUCCAACCCCAGCAGAUCCAAGCUCAACUGACCAUGCCUAGUGUGCAAGUUCCGCUGUCCAACUAUCUCAGUCUAGUCGAAAAAUCAACCCAACUUCAGAACCAAACGUCUGAAGUGCAACAACCACAACAGGCAAACAUAGUCAUCACCACGCAACCUGUGCAGCAACAAUCUCAACAGCAACAGCAACAACAGACCCCAGUUCAACAAACGCAGCAUCUGCAAGUCGUCCAAAGACCUACGAUACAGGUUCAACAACCGGCUCAGCAAACUCCUCCGAAACCUCCCAAACCCAACCCUCCGCAGCCAUCUCAACCCUCUCCCAUAACCCACCGCCGAGAAUCCUCCUCCCAAGACCACCAUUCCCAACUUAACAGCUCGUCGGAAUCCUUGACCAGCGCGACCAACGCAUCCCUUGCGGCCACCCAGCAGAUGAAGGCCAUCUCUGCGCUGUCCCUGCUCAAGCAGGACACCCACCACGAUUCGAUGGUCGGCGGUUCCACCAGCCAGGGAAACACCGCGUCCAGCGUAUCGUCCACCGUGAGCUUCACCUCGUGCGACGUGUGCUCCAAGUCGUUCAAGCGAAAGGAACACCUGAUGCAGCACCUCAAGUCGCACGUCGGCCUCCGACCGUUCAAGUGCGACGAAACGGGCUGUAGCAAAUCGUUCAGCCGGAAGGAGCACCUGAUGAGGCACAUCGUGUCCCACACGGGGAAGAAGCUGUUUGCGUGUCCGAUCUGCCGGAAGUACUUCUCCCGGAAGGAUAAUCUUAAUAAGCAUAAGAAGACUCACCAGCAGAAUAGUAGCUCUGCUCCGUAUCACUGUACGAUAUGCAGUAAGCAUUUCUACAUCAAGGGUCACUUUUUGAAACACAAGCAGAUGCACGACAUGGCGAAAGAUGCGCAGCAGUCUGAAAAGAAAUCUCCCGUUAAACCAAAAGUGGAAUCUUCGGAGCGAUCUCAACAGUUACCUACGGUUCAACAGCAGCAGCAAUCACAACAACAACAACAGCAACAACCCCAGCACCAAAUCCAACAAGUACAACUACCCACUCAGCAACAGGUUCAACCUCAGCCCCAAAUACAGCCAGCCACAGUUCAGUCCCAGCAGAUCUUCACCAUUCCGGCAGCUCAACUGCAGAGUGCUCUCUCCGGCAAGGGUCCCAUCCUCCAGCAGUUGCAGAUUGCGAUGCCAACCAGCAUGGCGACCGCCACCAGCCAUCACAGCACACUGCAAACCGUAUCGGCUUCGACCCUAGCAGGACUAGGCGUCGGAGGGGCCACGGUGACCGCGAGUAGCGCAAACAGCGGCGGAACCAGAACGGCUAUCAUAAAAUCGGCCGAUGGAAGUUCGGCCACCGUUUAUACGCUUCCGUCGAACUUUAUCAUCGAUGGGACGCAGUUUUUGAGUGCCAUGCAACAGCAACAGCAGUCCAGGGAACUGAUGGGAAGCAUCGGGAACAUCAAAAUCGAACAGAUUACCUAGGAGCGAAGGGUGGUGUGGGUUAACCAACAUUCCAGUUAGGGAAGGGUGUGUUUGUACAGUAAAAUUGUAUAGUUAGUAUGUAGGAAUAAUGUAGGACUUGUUGUCACCUAUAUGUUUGUUUCGUUCACUUCGACAUGAAUUAACGAUUUCUUUCAAGUAUUUGUACAAAUUUAAUAACUGCAAGUGUAUUUAUGAAAUAUUCUAGUUGUUUUCAGUGUUUUUGUAGAUGUUAACACUUAUGUGACUCUCUCAUCAAAAAUUUGCGAAAUUGAACUUCUAUGAGUUUCAACUUGUAAAUUGAUGUUACAUAGCUAUGUACAACAAAAAAUAGCUAGCUGUUGUAGUAGACUGUGUUGAUAAAAGUAGUUUAGUAGAAACGUAAACUUAUUAAAUUGAUUAAA